AAAUUCAGAGAAAAUAUUUUCUAGUGAACCAAACAUACCCUCUUACCGCCCGCUAGGGUUAUAGGAGCCCUUGUUAAUCGUCCUCUCUCUUACCGCUAGGGUUACAGGAGCCAUUGUUUCUGUCAGCUGCUCUCGAUCAACUAUCCCCAAAAAUGACUGCUCAAUCGCAAGAAGAGAUCCUGGCUGCUCAUCUCGAACAGCAGAAGAUCGAGUCUGAGGACCCAAUUAUUGAGGACGACGAUGAUGAUGAAGACGAUGAUGAUGAUGAAGGUGAUGAAAAAGAUGAAGAUGAAGAACAUGGAGAUGGUACUGGUAGGUCAAAGCAGAGCAGGAGUGAGAAGAAGAGUCGUAAAGCUAUGCUAAAGCUGGGAAUGAAGCCUAUCCUUGGUGUCAGUCGGGUCACUGUCAAGAAGAGCAAGAAUAUACUAUUCAUCAUCUCAAAACCGGAUGUUUUCAAGAGCCCCAACUCAGACACCUACGUUAUUUUUGGUGAGGCUAAGAUUGAGGAUUUAAGCUCGCAACUGCAAACUCAAGCUGCUGAACAGUUCAAGGCUCCUAACAUUAGCGAUGUCAUAUCAAAGCCCGAGCCAUCAACUGCAGCUCAAGAUGAUGAGGAUGUAGAUGAGACAGGUGUAGAACCCAAGGAUAUAGAGUUGGUGAUGACCCAAGCUGGGGUUUCCAGGGCAAAGGCGGUCAAAGCUCUAAAGGCUGUCGAUGGGGAUAUCGUCUCUGCCAUUAUGGAACUUACAAACUAGAAACCAUCUCUUUGAUUUCCAUAUCUUUCGAGAAUCAUCAUUUUCAUUAAUAUGCAAUAUUGCCCUUCAACUCAAGAGAUUUGGAUACUUCUUGUCAGUGUCUGAUACAGAGCAUCAAUUAUGUAUGAAACUGUGCGUGCGUAUGUAAUAGAGGGGAGGUUUUAGUAUCAUCAUUAUAAAAUGGGAUUAUGGUUUCUCUUUGAUGA